AUCUCCCUUUGCUCCUUGUUGCCUUUCGCCACCAUGUCCGGCCAGAUGUUCUGCAGUCUUAUACCCCCGCGGGUUCGGCUCAUGGCCUUGAAGAAGAUUGAAUGGCUAGGGCAUUUGAAGUCAUCCUUGCGUCAGUGAUGGACGACGCUCCCACACAGUGCGCUCUGAGAAGAGCCAGAGAAGAUCGCUUAGCUGCUUCAUCUCUCCCCCAACUUAACGCUCAUGACUCUAAAUUGCCUGCCUUUCCCCGUGAACUUCGGGUGGCUGGACGGGAGAAAGCAGAAGCCAGAGCGACCGCUACGCGUCCUUCUGUCCAAUGGUCGCUUCCACGUCACUCUCGACAUGGCGCGUCAACUAAGGCGCGCGGGGCAUGAAGUAUACUGCGUCGACGCGAUGGAAUACCACGUUUGCAAGUUCUCGAACGCCGUACGCCAGUGCUGGCAGGUCCCCUCUCCGCGCGUCGACCCGGACGGCUACCUGGCGGGCGUCAAGAGAGCUAUAGAAAAAGCGAACAUCGACCUCAUCCUUCCUAUGCACGAAGAAAUUCUCUACCUCGUCGAAUGCGAGGACGAGGAGAUAUACCGCCGGCUCUUUGCACCCUCCCUUCCAGUCCUGCUUCGCAUGCACAACAAGUGGGAGUUCACCCAGUGGAUGCGGAUUAUCGGGCUCGAUGCGCCGGAUGCGUACCUCUGCAAGUCGUAUGCGGAUGUGGAGAAGAUAUCUUGGCGGGACGAGAGGGAGUAUGCGCUGAAGCCUGUUUUUGGGCGCGCCUCUCAGAACGUCUUCCAUCUGAAGCCGGGAGAGCCACUUCCGAAUGUUUCCGAGUUCGACGUCUCAGAAGAGUGCCAUUGGAUCGCACAGGAGUGGCUGAAGGGGAACCGAUACUGCACGUAUGGCAUUGUGCGGCAGGGUCACGUCAAGGCGCUGAGCAUUUACGCCGUCACCGAAACUAUCGACGGCUCCUCCUGCGUUUACUUCAAGUCCAUCCAUCACCCGCGCAUCCAAGCCUACAUGGACCACAUCGCGAAGCAGCUCCCAACAACGACCGGCCAACUCGCCUUCGACUUCAUCGAAACGGCCGACGGCCGCCUCGCCGCCAUCGAAUGCAACCCCCGCGCCACCUCCGGCAUCCACCUCUUCGGCUCCACCACGCGCCUCGCCAACGUCCUCGCCGAUCCCCGCGCCUUCCCCGUCCAAGCCGACGUCGGCGCGACCCGCCAGAUUAUGCCCGGCAUGCUCAUGUGGGAUCGCAGGAACGCGCGCGGAUUGCGCGCGUACCUCACGCACCAGCGGCGGCUCAUGAGCAGCAAGGUCGUCGUCUUCACGAUGCGCGAUUUGCUGCCGACGGUGAUGCAGCCAUUUCUGUUGACUAGUUAUUAUGAGAUUUGCAGGGAGAGGGGGCUGAGGCUGCCGGAUAUGUUCCAGUGGGACUGUACGUGGGAGCCGGAGGGGGAGAAUUUGAGGCGCGUGAGGGAGGUGGCGGAGGAGGAUCGGAGGACGUGGAGGGCGUGUCCGAUGCUGGAUGUGGCGAGGCCGGACCCGAAGAGGGCGGAGAACGAGACGGCGGAGGGGAGGAAGGAGAAGGAGAAGACGCUUAUACCCUUGCCUCCAGGCUAUCUGACCGACAAGAUGGGCUUUGCGCCGGCGAGUCCGAACUUGAAGGAGUCCGCCAGCGGUAGUGUGGAAAGUGAUGCCUCGAAGCCAUGAGCGGCAGGUGGCAUAUCAUGCCUGCGGUUCCUACUUAUUGUUGACUCUACUUUCAUAGUCAUCCUGUAUAAUAUUUACAAUGACUAGCCUUGCCCCAUUCAUCUG